UUCAACCUAAAUUCACCUCAGACAACCACUGCAAUAACAUCUGCCGCUUUAAUCAUUGCUAUUUCAUAUCUUGGCAAGUACCUGCUUGAUCAGAAAUGCCCCAAGAUACCUAUACUCCAAGUUCCCAAAUCGAGCGCUUGCAGGAACCUUGUGGAAAGCAAGCCCAACGAAAGCGCACCUGCGAUCCCGUGGGGGACGGCGAAGGCAGGCUUUCUCCCAUCGUGGUCAGGGUCAAAGAAUACACACUGGACUUCCACGUUCACUGCAAUUCAGAUUGAGGUGCCGGUGGAGUUAUUAGCGGGCUAUCGCAGUACGCAAACGGGUGGUAAAGAUCUUGACACGCAAGACCUUGUGCAAAACUUCCUAGCCGCAUUCCUAGAUGCACGAGCGAACGGCCUGGAUGGAUGGUUACUAGACCGCUGCGUUCCACCACUUUCGUUUGAACCUGGCAGUCACCUUUUUGGAACAGAGGGGGGUCUCGUUGCAUACAUGCUUGGAAGCUGGAGCUCAUCCAAAAAGAUACCUUUCAUACCAUCAGCGCUACCUGUUGACGCUGUGGAGCCUGUCUCACACUUCCCGUCAAACGAACGAAUCAUUGAGGAGAGUCUCGAUGCAGCUGGCGCAAUAUUUUAUUGGAAAUGUCCCACGGCCAUCACAAGGGCGAUUGAUAAGGUAGCCUCGUAUGGCUGUCCAUGGCGAUUAAUGGAAGGCGGGUAUCAAGAGUUCAUCGUUGAAAGGUUAUCAGGGGAUACGGCGAGAGUGACGUACGUAACGGUGGAAUGCUCCAGCCUCCAUCCCAGAAAUCAAGUCAAUGAAAGUUAUAAGAUCAUGCCACGGCUGUUUUAUGAGGCUCAUGUGCUCUAUGCACAGACUCUCAUCAAUAGGACGGUAAGACAGCUUAGGAGA